AUGCACUGCAAUGACAUCUACUCGAGCAACUCGACAACGUACCAGUUCUGCCAUGGCGAUUCUUCUUCCCGGCAAUGGUUCGUGAGCAACUACGACUUGAAGGACGGCCACAGAGCGGGGCCCGCCAUCUUCCUCGCGGUCCUCGCGUCGGCUGUCAUGUUCGGGCUCGGCGUUCUCCUCAUCGGCCUCAGCCUCUUGGGCCGCCUCUCCGGACGCGCCGGCCUCAACCCCACCGUCCGCGUCUUCCUCUACGCGUCCUUCUCCCUCUUCCUCCCUCUUAUGUCCUACAUGUUCUCCCAGGCCAAGGAAAAGGCCGCCAUGAAGCAGCAGCAGUCCAGCGCCAACGGCGGAGACCCGCAGCUGCCGUUCCGCGCCCAGGUCAUCCUCGUCUGGAUGCUCAGCGUGGAGCUGCUGCGCAAGAAGUUGGACGCCAUCCUCGUCGCCAUAAGCUCGUCGCCGCUGCGCGCUGUCCACCAGCAGCAGACGCUCUGGGACGCCAUCGACCAGAUCGUGCGCAUCGCGUGGAUCGGCUACCUCAUGUACUCGUACGUGCAAGGGAUCCUGAAGCCGGGGUUCAUGAUCCUCUGGGUGCUCACCCUAAUCAAGGCCGCCCAGAGGGUCGCUGCCGUGGAGCUUGCAAAGCGCUCCUUCGCCGUCGGCAAGAACGGGCACCUCGUCGUGGGUUACAUCGCCCAGAUGAUGGAAGAAGAGGAUAUCAGAGGCGAGCCGGAAAGUGGCACUAAGCUUCUGAGGAAGUGUUGGUACGCAGUCAUGGGUGAGGAGAGGCUAAAGAGGGAAGCAGGUCCCGAAGGCUACCGAGUGAAGCUACCGGAGUCGGACGAGAAGAAGGACCUCGUCACCGUCGGCGACAUAUGGAAGCUGGCCGAAGGAGGUGAUCGCAAGCCGCCUGACCGCUUACUUGCUGACCAUCCGACACUGAAGGAUCUCUGCCUCGCCUUCGCGCUCUUCAAGCUGCUGCGCGCGAGAUUCCAGAACCUCCAAGUCGACGAGGAUGUGACGGUAAAGAACCGCGACCUCAUCUUCCGAGGCCUCGGUAGCGGUGACGAUUGCCGCGAAGCUAACAGCAACAACAGGGACCGAGAUGGCGACGGCAGCGAAGACAUUGACGAGAGGGUGUUCGGCGUGAUUGAGCUCGAGCUCAAUUUCGUCAUGGACUACUAUCACUCGGUGGUUCCAGUGGUGCUGUCGAGCCCGUGGUUCUUUGUCGGCAACUACUUCUUCGUGCUCCUGAUCGUGGUGAACCAGUGCAUAAUUGCACUCAUCAUCACCGGCAACGGCAAUCUGGUGCCCGUCAUUGGCUGCCUCGUCCGUGACGUCGCCACGCUGUCGCGCCGGGCGAUCGACCUCUUCAUGUGCCUCGGCCACAAGGUGCUCCAGACAAUCAUCGUCAUGUUCCAAUCCUUCAACAUCCUCGUGAGCCUACUACUCUUCCUCACCUAUCUGCUCAUGGAGGCGUGGGAGUUCGUGGUAUACGUGCUCUCCGACUGGUUCCUGGUGUCCCUGCUGUGCGAGUAUGCUCGUAGGCCCAAGUGGCAGUCGUGGCGGUGGCUGCGAAGAGCCUUCGGCGUGCUGCUGUGGCUGAAGCGAGUCGGCCGGCGGCGUGCAGAGGUGCGGUUCAACCAGGUGCGCAUCCUCGACCUCCGCAGGCACACGCCGUGGGUGAUUGUCUCCAAGGUGCUGCAGCACAGGUUCCUCGGCAUGUCUUCUGUGCCCGUGCCGAGGGAGGUGAAGCAUGCGGUGUUCGCUUCUCUCAAGGCAAAGGUCGGCGGCGAGCCGCUCAGCAACGGGGUCGCCGUGCUGCACCGCCGCGGCUACCAGCAGCUCCUGUGGGCGUGCGAUAGCAUGAGCGUCACCGAGGUCAUCCUCGUGUGGCACAUCGCGACCAGCCUCUUUGAUAUGAACUCAGCGACGGUGGCGGCGGCCAGGAGGGCGGAGGAGACUGUUGCGACGACGCUAUCCAAGUACUGCGCCUACCUGGUGGCGUGCGCGCCGGAGCUCCUCCCGGAGGACAAGGAGGGGUCGCAGCACGUGUACUCGGGCGUGAAACGCGACCUCCUUGGCGCACUGCGCAGGAAGCAAUGUUGGAGCACGUCGGAGAGAAGGCUGGAGCGGGUGAUGAGGAUAUUGAUCGAGGGCCCAGACCAUGAGGCGGCGGCGUACAAGGGCGUCGAGCUGUUUGCACAGCUCGUGGGGGAAUGUGGUUUCGAAGGCGACGACGCAACGCGUGGGUGGGCGCUGCUAGCGGAGCUGUGGACCGAGAUGGUCGUCUACGUCGCACCCUCAGAGAAUAUCGAGGGCCACGCGGAGGCGUUGGCGCAGGGCGGCGAGUUCAUCACGCUGCUGUGGGCGCUGGCCACCCACGCCGGCAUCACCCGCUAG